AUGGCACCAGCAGACGUGCCUGCCGACGAUGGGCUGAGGGCCACCCUUGAUGCGAAUGCGUUCGCGCAAAGCUCCCACGGGCUCAGCGCCGUUAUUAAGAUGGGUCCACAGUACCCACCGCUGAAUCACGAGGUUUUCGAGGAUCCAGAGCACAUUGCUUUGGUGCACCGCGUGUCGGCGGCCAUUGCCAGCCUGGAUGCGUACGCCAAGCUCAGCUCGGCGGUCUUUCAAAAGUUUGCGCUGCAGAGUCCUACCGAGCGCCUGCCAAAGAGCGAGCUGCCCCUGUCCUCCAUGACCCAGGUUUUCGAGCAUCUGCAACUUCCGAGCCAGCACUUGUCCCUGUUUUGGACGGUUCUGCGGAGGGAGAUGCAGUUCAGCCGGCGACCGGAGACGAUCUCUUUGGAGAUCUUCCAGGCAGUCCUGGUGAAGGUCUUGCGCCGGAUCCGCGACUCCUACUGCGUGCGCGUGGGGAGAGGCCAGAUGGUGACGCAGAAUCGGAAGCAGCUUGAGGAGGAGUACGAGUCCUUGGAGGAUGUGGGGAGCGGCUUCUUCGGCCAGUGCUUCUGGGUGAAAAGCAAGCGCGCUGGCACUCAGCGGGUUGCGAAGCGCAUAUCCAAGGAGCGAAUGGAGGCGGGGCGGGUGUCCGCUCAUCACGAAAGCUAG